AUGAAGAGAAGCUUCGUAGUUGAUGAGGAAACUUGGGAGUCUGUCACCAGAGAUCUCGAGAGCCGUGAAGCUGCGACCUUUUCAACUCCUGGGACACUGGAGCAACAGCUCAAGGUGGAACUGGAGAUUACGAAUUAUCGGCUGCAGCUGCAAAAAGAUCUGACCACUGCACUGCGUGCAAAUGUUGAUCAGCUCCUCGCCGAGCGAAAGGCACGAGAAGAUCACAUCAGGGCCCUAGAGGAGCACAUCAGGGCCCUGAAACAAGGGCUGAACGAAGACUUGUGUGAACUGCUCGGCGUCUUGGAAAACGCAGAGUACGAGGAAAGUUGUGUCAUGGAUGUAGCGGAGCCUGCUGUAGAGGUGCCUGCGUCAGAUCCAGAAGAGUUCCCCGAGACCCAGGUCAUCCCUUUCCAAGGGAUGGCCCCUCCGGUGUUGCCUCCUGCGUUCGAUUGCGGUCUAGAUUCGCAGCCGACUGACACUCUGGAUUCCAUGAUGAUGGCGGUCGCUGCGGUCGAGGACCACCAGCUCCUCGAAGACGCCCGUGUUCGCGGCGCCUGGCUGGAGCGCGAGUCUCUGCGGCAAGAGCGAAAGCUCGCAGUGUACUCUGACGACAGUGCGGAGAUGCAGGAGAUGGAGGAGAACAUGGCAGCGGACGAGGCAGAGUUCGCGGGCGGUAAGUCUGAGAAGGGCAAGGGCAAGGCCGUGGGCUGGACCGCGCGUGCCGCGAACCACACGCACGCGGCGCAGACGAUCAACGUCGCCACCGCCAAGGAGCGCCCCGCGACGUGCACCGUCCGCUGGGCUUCCGCUCCGAGCUUGGACGAGCUCUGCAGAGCUCUGGGCAACUGCGGCGAACGUCUCUUCGACGACAACUACCGACCCGCAGUGGAUGGAGAACAGAAGGGGCGCCGUCGCGGCCGCCGCCAACCCAGUCCAUGCCGAGAUGUUGCCGGUGAUCGCGUGGACCAAACGGUUCAACACCCGGCGUGCUACCGCCCAGGCGUAGGCAGUGGACCGGUGUGCCCGGAAGUCGGCACAGAGGGCAGUUUUGAAGCCUUUGUCACUGACGGCGCCUGCGGCCAUUGUGGCGCGGCGCUCACGGCGGCGGAGCGCCUAGACCUGGUGCCCGUGAGUGGCACUCAGGGCACCUCUGCGGCAGUGCACACGGAGGAGUCCUCGCGUGCCAUCCGGCGCAGACGCGUGGCAGUCCAAGCGGUCACGACAGGCACCUCCGAGUGCUUCUCGGGGCUCGCCGCCAAAAGCCGGGAGCUUAGCGCGGACGUUGUGAACCGUGCCAAGUCCCGUGAGAAGCUCUAUCUCCGGGCCUACAGCUUCGACUCGCCGUCGGUGAUCGAGGCGAUUGAGCAGGCGGGCGCCCGUGUGCGCCUCUGCAACGGGUCGUCCGUCCGCGACGCUUACGUCGCCGACGGCCGCGGCCCUGCAGUGGGCGCGGGCCUGAAGGGACUUCACCACGGGAAGGCCCUUCUCCGCUUGGGCGUCGGCGAGGCCGAGCUCGUGAUCGGCUCCCUUAAUUGGAGCACGAGCUCUAAGGCCAACCUGGAGUGCGGGGUGCACCUCACCCUGGCCCAGGACGCGGAAGUCGUGGGAGACUAUCUCCGCGACUUCGACACCUGCUUUGCUGCUGGCACUCCCUUGGAGGAUGCCAAGCCGCCCGGUAAGGCGGCUGGUUCCGACAGCGCCACCGGCAAGCAGCAGCAGCAGCAGCAGCAGCAGCAGCAGCAGCAGCAGCAGCAGCAGCAGCAGCGGCCUGAGCCGGCAGCUGCGUAA